CGUCGAUUUUCCAGCUCUCCAAUCUGCGCAGAGAUGUCAUCUAAAUUCCCAGACGUUCAAGGAGGAGGCUCAUUAAUCCUUGCCUGGCAAGCAAAGAGCAAGAAUAUCCUCGUAGUAGGCGGUGGAGAGGUUGCUGCCGGCCGCAUUCUUCAUGCCCUCAAUGCUGAUGCCAAAGUAACUGUUGUAUGUCCAGCUUCAGGACUCAAUGAAGAAGUGGCCUAUCGAGUUUCCCAAGGCCAAGUCAUUCACAUUGCUCGACCCUUUGAGCCCACAGACUUAGACGGAGCGGACAUGGUACUCUGUGCUAUCGAUGACCCGGAAGCCUCAACCCAGAUCUGGAAACUCUGUAAGGAGAAACGAAUUCCAGCUAAUAUUGCGGAUGUCCCUCCCGAAUGUGACUUUUACUUCGGCAGUGUGCAUCGUGAUGGCCCGUUACAGAUUAUGGUGAGCACGAACGGGAACGGGCCGAAGCUGGCGAGUAUUGUGCGGAAGAAGAUUGCAGAGACCCUACCGAACAAUACGGGUGCUGCGAUUGAAAAUGUUGGGAGGCUGCGGAAGAAGCUGAGGGAGGUUGCGCCUAGUCCACAUGAAGGUCCGAAGCGGAUGAAGUGGAUGUCUGGGGUUUGCGAGUCGUGGAGUUUGGAAGAUCUGGUCCAAAUGGAUGAACGAGAUAUGAUAGGACUACUUGCUCAUUACGAAUCUGGCAAGAUCCCAAGUUUCGGUGAGGUUCGAUCUAAUAUGCCCGCUUAGUGAGAGUGAAAAAAAAAAUUCAAAUGAUUGUUGUGAUGGGAUCGCAGAUGAGUUCCUUUACUAUCUGUGUGAAUUCUUAAAUAUUUCUUAUUGUUUGAUACCAUCAAUAGACCGCCGGUUCCUGGGUAUGUAUGUAUCGAAGUUUUGAUUGGGACGGCUGGUAACACUGAAAACUUUCCGAGCUCUGAUAUUUUGUACAAUACAUUCAUAUAUAAAGCCCAGCUCGCAUCGGGGAAUUCAAGGGUUCAAAACAGAAAAGACAACAUUCCAGAUCGGCUAAUUCUACAUUCAAUAU